AUGUUACUUUUAGCUGUUCCAGAUGAAAAUAAUUAUAAUUAUUUGAGAAAUGUUUGUUCAACUUAUGAACGCCUUCGUAGUGAACAACAUACAAAAAUGGUUGAAUUAAGAAAAAAGUUGCCAUGUAGUGAUGUCGAAAUCAAAUUAGCUAAGAAACCAAAUCCUGCUGCUACAAUCAACCAUUUAGUAAAAGCUUGCUUCAAAGAUGCUGAUUUAAAAGAAAUGUCAUAUGAAAAAUUAAAAUUGGAGAAUGAAUCAUUAUUACAGAAUAUACAUAAGUUUGUUCAAUGUAUACAUGCACCCACACUUAUACCUCAAGCUAUGUUCUCAGGCACAAUAUCAUUAAAAUGUCGUCAUCUUAGACAUGAAUCUGGUCCAAAACCGACAAAAUGUAAACGGAAUCAAUCAAAUAACAUUCAUGAAGAAAGAAUAAAAAAAAACUGCAAAACGAUUCAAAAAACAGAACAUGAACAAUCAGAAGAUGAUAAAGAAAAUGAAGAGCAUUUUUGA